GCGAAGAAAGGUAAAAAUUGUUCGGAUGAAGUGAUAGCUUUGAUAAAAACAAAGUACAAGAAAGAAUCAGGUAUUGUCUAUUGUCUGUCGCGUAAAGAGUGUGACACCUUUGCGGCACAGAUGAAAGAAAACGGAAUUAAAGCAUUAAGUUACCAUGCUGGCCAUGCAGAUAAUAAAAGAAGUGAAAUUCAAGGCCGAUGGAUUUCAGAAGAAAUUCAAGUUGUGUGCGCGACGAUAGCAUUUGGGAUGGGUAUUGACAAACCGAAUGUGCGUUUCGUUAUACACGCAGUGCUUCCUAAGUCUAUAGAAGGUUAUUAUCAAGAGAGUGGACGCGCUGGCCGCGAUGGUGCGAAUGCAGACUGUAUUUUGUUUUAUAAUUACGCGGAUGUAUAUAGGAUUCGAAAAAUGGUGGAACAAGACAAUCCUAAUCCCAAUGUGUUGAGAACUCAUAUGGACAAUUUGUUUAAAAUGGUAUCGUUUUGUGAAAAUAAGACAGACUGUCGUAGACAAUUGCAAUUGAAUUAUUUCGGGGAGAUAUAUGACCGACAGCAGUGUGUGGCAAACAAAGCAACAUCCUGCGAUAACUGCAGAUGUAAAGAUGAUUUUAAUAUGUUUGAUGCAACAGAAGAUGCAAAACAAAUAACGAAAGCUGUGCGGGAUAUUGUUCAAUCCAGAAGUUGCAAUCUUACGAUGGUGAUGCUUACAGAUAUAUUUAAAGGGUGUGAUCUCAAGAAACUGAGAGAAGCAGGCCUUACUAAGCAUCCUUUGUAUGGUCGUGGUAGGUCAUGGAAUAGAGGUGAUAUUGAACGUCUGUUACAUUACAUGGUGCUCAAAGAAUAUUUGCAAGAGAAUAUGCAUAUAACUGUAAAUGACUUUGUUUGUGUCUACGUAAAAAUUGGGCAAAAUGCUGCUGAACUCAUGACUAAGAAAGACACUAAGGUGAUAAUUCCUAUGAGAUCAUCUAAUACUACUACUGCCGUAGCAACAGUAACUGCAGUUCCACAGGCGAUAAAUGGCGCACUCUUAGAAUUACAAGAAAAAUGCUACAAAGAAUUAAUGGAAAUAAUAAAAGGAAUCGCUGGAGCACUGGAUAUUUCAGCAUCUUCAGUUAUGAAUAUGAUAGCAGUUAGAGCCAUGAGUCAAAGUCUUCCGGACAGUGCGGAAGCUAUGUUAAAGAUCCCGCAUGUAACUAAAGCAAAUUUUGAGAAAUAUGGUAAAGCAUUGCUCGACAUAACGCAAAAGUAUGCCGCAGAAAAACAUGCUUUGAUGGCUGAUGAACACGAAGCUAUUGAUAACGAAGAAGAUGAAGACGAUACGUGGUCUAGCGUUUCUACUUCCACUAAUAAAUACAAAUCAGUCGCUGGUAAGAAGCGCAAGGCUAAAAGUAAUUACCAAAGUGCAAAUAAAAAAUUUAAAAAAACAGGGACAAGUACGGCAAAAGCAAAAGCUAAACCAACAGCGAAAGCAAAAGCAACGGCGAAAGUAAAGAGCAUAGCUGGUACAACUGCAAACGAGAGCAAAGGUCCA